AGUAUGAUUAAAAUAAGCACAUAAUUAUAAAACUUUAGCCAAAGAUCAAAGCAAUAGUUGAAAAGCUUAUGAUGUAUGGCAAUGGCACAUGAAAAAAGAGGUACAAAAACUAAUAAUAAAGAAGUAACGAAUAAAAGGAAAGAAAAAAGAACUCUCUUGUACUAGACAAAAGCCCAUGAAAAUGGGCCUUAAUCAACCUAUCAGUCCAUCACUCUGCAUUCAUCACUUCUUUUCUCUCUCCUGCCUCAUUCAACAUUUAUUCAAUCGUACGACUCGCAACGGAGUUUGAAUUCGAAAAAUUACACCAUUUUUACUUCCAAUCAACUCUUCAAACCCUGUUAUUUUUAGGGUUAGGGUUUUCCAAAUGGACCCAAUUGCUUCGAUUGUCGAUAAUUUAAAAUCAUUUGCAAAAUCCGGCCAAGAUUUUAUCUCCGGCGUUUCUCGCCGCCGGCAGAAUAAGUCCCGUCAAAAUCCGAUUGAAAUCUUGAAGCGUUUGCAGCGAGAAGCAUUUUCUGACUUGAUGAAACUUAGAGACAGACAAGACAAAGUGGAAAGAAUGCUUACUUUCUCUAGGACUUCAAAGGGGAGUCCAUUUCAAGACUAUGGUACCAAUGUGAGGGGCGAAAUUGAUGUGAUGGGAACUUUGUUCUUAACAGAUUAUCUUGACCAGGAGAAUGUUGAUGCAAUCAAAAGGACUGGAGUUAAAACAGGAAUAAAAGUGAAAAUCUCCUUCGAGACCAAAGUCUGCGAGAAUGAUAUUCUUGAGGCUCAAUUCAUUUCUAAUCAGAGCAAUCAUACAGGUUCUAGCAAUGCUCUAGAAGGUGCUCUUUCCCUUGCUAAAGUAAGCUACACAGCCAAUAUGUCUGACUGGUGUUCAAUGGUCGCAAUUCCUAUGGGGGCUAGAUGUAGAGACUUGUCAGCUUCAAUGGAUUUUUCUUCAUAUCAGGAGAGGGGCCUUACCGAUUACUCAUCUUUUGGACCACCUCUGCUGCAUCAAGAUCAUGGAUGUGCAAUUGGUGUCACUGUAAAAAAAUCAAAUGUUGUUGCUUCUUUAGCUCAGUUAGCUGCUGAUCUACCAGGUUCAUUUGGCCAUUGCUUCAGCACCUUUGGUCAGAUCGUCUGUCAGCUCCCAAGGAGUGCAAAGCUCUCCCUCUUUGGCCUUCACCAGGUGCCAAAACCAAGACAACAGGUCAGUGCUGGAGCCUUGGCAAUACCACUAGGCAUAUUGCGACGCCAGCAGCAUUCUGAGGAACCAAUGGCAGCCUCACCACCAGUUGCAGGAGACUCAGUUGCUGUGAUGCUUGAAUCUGAACUUGAUGAAAGCACCAGAGUUCGAGGGUGGUUACAAAUGAAGAACGAUAGUCCAAAUCAUCUUCAGUGGUCAGUUAGCAUGUCUGAUUUUCCAGAAGAUGAGAUUGGAUGGGGUCUAAGUUUGGGCGGGACAAUCCAAGGUCCAAAAAGGUGGGACCACUUUCAGGUUGAAGCGUUUCUGAAAUUCAAUUUGGGUAAGAGAUUGAGCUUGCAACCAGCUUUUGUUUACUUCAUGGAUGGGAAUAAGCAAACUCCUGCCUUAAUGUUGAAUUCAACUUGGUCUAUUUGAUUUUUUGUACCAUAUCUUGUGAUUGUGACAUUUUUUUGACCAAGUUUAACCUUUUGUAGUCAGUUAUUAUCCUAUUUUUCCAUACCCAAUUUUAUUUGGAUGCAUCAUCAUAGUGUAUCUCAAGAACUGUGAGUGAAGUUGGAAAAAGUUUGUGCUGUUGUCUGA